GCGCAUUGUACAUUGUACGUCGCGACGCGCUCGCAGUCGGACGAUACAGACACACUUCUGCUCCUUUCCAACGGCUGGCAGAGAGCAAAGAGAGGAGAAACGAAGGGGCACACGGAGUUUUCGGUUGGCGCUUUCCCCCCCUACCAUUUCUAAACCGAUUCUAAUCUGUCCGUUGCCCGAGGCUAGGGGUCAGUUCGCUAAACCUUAAACCAGACGAACGCGAGACACAGAGGAUCGAAGACUGUAAGAUGGUGACCAAGUGCGACAGUUUCGGCCUUAGUUGACGAGGGUUCGUUUCGAGAAAGGUUAAAUAGAUCAACGUGUUGGAAGAGGAAGAAGAAGGGGAGGAGCAGCUAAAGGCUAAGCGCAUAUUGUGGUUGUUGCAUCGAGGUCGUAUAGGAAGCAAUCAUGGAUCCUUACUCGUUGAGUGUCGAGCGCGAGGCGUCAAAGAAUAUCGAAGAAAAUGAGAGGGAGAGCUUUCAAGAAGCGAUCGUCUCGAGCAGAAGUCUCAACAAAGGCUUCGUCCAGCCGACGGCUCUCAAAAACGCCAUACCAGAGAUCGCGGCUUGCGUCAUAUCCGCGACUUUCCACAUAUCGGUGGGACUGAGCAUGGCGUACUCGGCCAUUCUCAUUCCUCACCUGGAGGCCACGGACUCUGAUUUGCGCGCCACUAAAGUGGAAACUUCCUGGAUAGCUAGCGUGGUGGUGGUGUGUGCACCCUUGGGUGCGCUGAUAGGUGGAUUCCUGAUGGAGACGUUGGGAAGAUUGAGAACUCUCCAAAUCGGUGCGAUUCCAUGCGUGGCAGGGUGGAUCCUCAUUGCACUUUCAACGAAUAUUCCAAUGCUGUUGGUCGGCCGCUUGUUAACUGGACUGGCGACGGCUUUGGCAACCUCUCCAGCCAUCGUAUACAUUACCGAGGUCGCACGACCAGAGUUAAGGGGAUCGAUGAUAUCCUUUGGUCCGACUUUGGCCUCUUUCGGCAUGGUCCUCUCGUAUUUGAAGGGCGCGUUCAUGCCCUGGAGGCUGGUAGCCUGGCUCAGUAUUAUUUAUGCCGUUGUGCCUAUCAUUUUGGUGCAAGCGUUUGUACCUGAAUCGCCUGUGUGGCUGGUUUCCAAGGGUCGAGUGGAGGAGGCGAAAAAGUCACUAGAAUGGCUGUGCAAAUGCGAAGUGAAACAAGGAAAGGUGUCAGCCGCGCAGGCACAGCUGACAACGAUUAUGAAAGAGAACGAGAUCAAGCUGAGCGAGCAGAGAAAAAGCAAACACGGCGGUGUAUCCACCAAGUUCAGAGCGUUCUUGAAGCCUACAGGAUGGAAGCCGAUGACGAUACUCUUCCUGUUCUUCUCCUUCCAGCAGUUCUCCGGAAUCUAUAUUACUCUAUUUUACGCUGUCACGUGGUUCCAAGAAGUUGGCUCUGGCGUAGAUGAAUACAUAGCCUCGAUUUUAGUCGGCGUAACACGUUUUCUGUGUUCAAUGGUGAACACCUGGCUGCUGAGACGUUACAAGAGACGACCAUUGUGUAUCAUUUCGUCACUGGGCAUGGCAAUUUGUAUGACCGUUUCCGGUUACUUCACUCUCCUCAUUAGGGAUGGCGAUCGUUCUGGCUAUUGGGUACCAGUUCUAUGUCUGCUCCUUUACGUUUGUACAUCUAUGGUUGGUAUGCUGACUAUUCCGUGGACCAUGACUGCAGAGUUGUUCCCAACUGAGAUCAGAGGAAUAGCUCAUUCCAUCAGUUACUCGAUAGCCAACUUGCUAAUGUUUGCUGCUCUGCAAAGUUACAGGAGCUUGCAAGGUUUCCUGGGUGGGUCCUACGCUGUCCAGUGGUUUUUCGCUGGCGUUUCAAUAGGCGCCGCUGUUUUCGUGUGGUUUUUACUGCCAGAAACACAUGGCAAGAAGCUCUCCGAGAUCGAGGAAUACUUUAAGAACAAUUUCCUGGCAGUUGGAGCUGAAGCGAAAGCCAGAAAGCAGCGUGCAAAGAGGAGGAACGCGCGGCACGAGAAGGGACCAGUUACAGAGCCACUGAAUCCGUCAAAUGUGAAAAAUAUACAGAACGUUUAAGCGUCUUCUAUCGCACGGGCUGGAACCGUGGCAAAGACUACCUUUUUACGAGAUCAAGUUGUAAUGUAUAACAUUCAUUCUACACGCGACACGCGAAUCAAAAGUUUUAUAGUUGAAAGUUACCUUCGAAACGAUAAAACCUGAUCGCUGGAGUACGGAUUUCUACAAACGUGGCUUAUUUAGAAACAAUCUACAACUGAGAACUGGGUUUUCUACAUUGAUGUCGACUGACAUUAAUUUCUACAUAUUGUUACAAGGAAUAUCAAAAGACUUGCGUGUUUCCUCAAGUUACUGUAAAUAGCAAUAACACAAUUAGUAGAUUUUAAUAGACAGACACUGGCAUUAAAAGGUCUAUGAUAGGCUUGUAGUAGAAAAAUUUGCAAUGCUUCGUUCACAGAGAUCUCUCUGUACAGAAAUCUCUCUGACCAAUUCUGUUUUAUCGUUUUAAAGGUUACUCUUGAACUUACUAUGAAGGUAUUCCGAGUGUCAUGUGUGAAAUGAAUUACCAAAGUGAUUGAUAUCGUACUAUUAGUAGCGUGUCAGAGUCAAAUAAUGGGGGAGUUACUACGAAGUGCAUUACGAAGCUGUGUAGUUUUGUACUUAAGCUUUGCUUUCGCUUGAAUCGCGUUCGUGCAAACAAUGAUAAGGGUACGUUAUAAUUUACGACUAUAAAUCGAAUGAAGUAAAAUCGUGUAAACGAUCGCAGAGGUAAAUUAUAAUUUACGCUUGUAAAUCGAAGGACAAGUAUGCGGAGCGUAAAACGAUUAACUGGAGGAAGCGAACUGUAAAAGUAUGAACCCUUUGCGGUCCAGAGUUUCCGUUUUUAGUACAUUUUCGUCGUACGUAGGAACGCAAGAGUAUCGCUACAAAGUUUCACGAAAAGCUAGCCCAAUCACUUUAGAUUCGAUUAUGAAAAUAAUUUUAUCAAACUGAUUUGUUGCAUGUACUUCUAUUUAGAUUAUCUUGUAUCCUAUAGUAUUAUCUGUUUCUUAUAGGAAUCUUUAAAGGUAUUGUGUUUUCUGCAAAAAUAAUUGUCAUCGAUAAUUAAGAUACGGAAAUUCCUACGAAAGCGGUGUGACGUUAAAUUUGUAUAAUCAAUAGUUUUCACGUAGAAUGAUGUGAAAACUUUGAUCCAUAGUCUACAGUCACAGUCUUGAAGGGUAUUACUUCCUAACAAUUUCGUGUUUACAACUCAACGAAGACCUUGUAUACAAGCUGUCACGUCUAAAGCAAGCCAUCUGAAUAUCUGUUCCAAUUGUAACGAUAUAAACAAUAUUUUAUUUUUAUUUUAAAGUCAACUACAUAAUACGACAAGAAAAAAUAUGCAUUUAUGAGUGAAAUCACAAUUGAAAGAGAUAUUCAGGUGGCCUGUUUAGGUGUAACACACUGUAGAAGUCAAACCGUAUUAACCAUUAUAUUUAUUUCAGUUAACGCUUAAAAUCUGUCAACAGUGACGUGGCAAAUAGAAAUAUGGAUUAUUGUUAUUAUUAUUACAAAUCAAAGUUCACCAUUCUCUCUUCAUAUUUUUGUGUAAAUUGGUCACUCUCUGUCUCUCUCUUUAGUGGACACCUAUAAACCAAUAAUUUUUUAAAUAUCUGCAAAAAGGUGAUUCUAUACACCUGUUGGGACCCGUAAGAAAUUUUCCAUGCGAUGAUAAUGUUGACACAAUAUAGAUACAUUGAUAGAAAUAUUUUCAUAACAUUUUUACGCGUUUUAGUCUAGAGUGACUGGAUUAAGCGACGAGUCCUCGGUUAUUGCUGCUCCGAGAAAAGUUGUUUGAUAAAGAAACGUCAUUGCGCAAUCGAGAAAUGAUUACAAUGAUGGAUUAGUUAUGUAUGGAAUUCUGCGACUGUUUAUGUUGUGUUGAGAAACGCUCGAACGCGCUUGGAUUUGCGAAGGAAAUGAUACUGCACGCGGUAUGCACUUACGGCGUGGUGUUGCGUGAGCAACGAGGUGGAUAAUUGUACCAAAAAAUAGUAAACGACUCUACACGCAACAGAUGAAACAGUAUUAGACGUUGAUCUGAUACAGUCUUCCGUGUGCACGUGCACGGAUGGCCGUAGAAGAGAUGGAUGAUGGUUCUUCGUACAGAACAAACGUUGGUUACGCGCUUAAGGUCUUUCUUACGCCGUGUAUCGUUUCGUGGAAACGAUCGCCGUUUAUAAGCAGAGCAUUCCUUUUUGGAAAACAAUUUUAACAACUUCGCUGUGAUGUAACAAUACUUGUAAAAAGAAAUCGUACAAUCCGUGAUACUCAGGGUGCAGUAUCCUGUUUUGCAUUCAAACGUGGAAUACGUGGAACAAACAAAAAGCGAAGUGUGUUCCUUUCGAAAAGAUAACUCGGGAUUGUGGAAUCAUAUUUUUUUCACGCCACGAGUCUUGUACGUUGCGAAUCGUUUUUGAAAAUACCCGGAGUACGCUCACGCUCGAUUAGAAUUCGUCUGACUAUGUACAUAAUUAAUAAUUUAUACCCAGUAAUGCUAUUUCCUUGUAAUUACCUUUGCCCAUUUUGCGUACACGAAUUAUGCGCACAGAUACCUCGGGUGUUUUCGAAAACUGUUACUUCGAACAUAAACGAUUGGGCAAAAUAAAUUUAAUCCACAGUUUCGAUUUAAAUUCUGGGAGCAAUAAAUUAUAACCAACUCGCAGGUUUGCCACAUAUUUUAGGACAAAUACGCUACAAAAAACGAUUGUAUUAAAUAUCUUAAAGGCGGUUCAAGUGCCUCUCUUUUUUGUCAACUAUUCGAUGAUUAUUUGUAAUAUAAGUGUGCCUAAACAUGCGAACAGAGUGGGUUUUACAACAAUAUACUUUGUAUCGUACAAUGCAGCAUGCUUAUAUUUUUUAAAUAUAAAUGUGUAUAUGCAUUCACAUAUAUCUACAUCUAUAUGCGUAUACGUACUAUUGUAAAAUUUCUUAAAGUGUUUCUAAUAAAAUCAUAUUUUUGGAAACCGCAAAAA